AUGAGAACUGCGGUACUGUGGAGCUCGUUGGCCUUUCUGUGUCAGCAGUGUCUGGUUUGCAGCCACGUAUUGGGAAGGCCUUCAUCUAGCAGAGAUCUGGAUCAGCUAAAGUCUUUACUGGAGCUGGUUGAAGAGAAUCUGGCGGAUGUAGCCCAGGAGGAGGAGACUCAAGCUGAUUAUGAACAGACAAACCAAGAGCCUGAACACAGCCAGGCCAGCAGAGGAUGGAGUCUGGACCAGGAGAAUGAUGGGCCUAUGAUAUCAGAGAGAGGUCAACCGCCAAUUGUGAGUCGCAGCAGGGCAGCAAGUCAGAGAAGCCGACUGCAGGACCUGCUGAUGAGUACCAGGAAACUGGCCUCUGGCUGCUUUGGAGCCCGAAUGGAUCGAAUAGGAAAUGCCAGUGGUCUGGGAUGCAACGGUGGAAGAGGGUAA